AUGAUUAAUGGCAUGACUAAUAACGAAGCUGAUGACGAGAUAAAUAAUGAGGUUAAUAGCGAAGCUAAUAACGAGGUCAACAAUGAGGCUAAUAAUGGGAUCGAAGAUGAAGUCAAUAAUGAGCUUAAUAACAGUGAUAGUGAAGUCCAGAACGAUAAUGGAGUAUUAUCUUACAAUUUUUCCUUAUUAGACGUUGGUUAUAUCUUCCCAACAUGGAGCAAUAUAGAUUCUUUUUUCGAAGAUGAAAAUAUAAGUGACAAAUUCAUAAAGAAUAUUUAUGUUGCCAGGCAAAUCCUACUUAAAUCAUUGGUUGCAAAAGUUGGUCAAGCCAAUGUUCAGGAAAUUUGGCAGAUUACAGACAAGCGACCAGGAAAUAGUCAACGAAAGCACUUCAUCAUUAUUAUGAAUUCUAUUUCUUAUAUGUGUACAUGCAUGUCUAAUAUUUUUCGUGGUAUCAUAUGCCAGCACUAUUUUCAAGUACUUUUGGUAUCUCAAAUUGCUAGGUUUCAUAUUACAAUGAUUGCAUCAUGUUGGUAUUGCAAUAACAAGAAAGAAGCAAAUGAUCAAUUCAACAUAGUCUUCGCAAAUGAGAAUACUAUGCAGGCUCAACAAAAUCAAAUGCCAAUAAUUCCCCAGCCACUUUCUAUACUCUCUUCAAUAGCAAAAAGUAAUCAGUCUAUAGUAUCCUGA